ACAUUGCAACUUACUAGCUUUCUCACUAAAAAGAAAAAUGGCUCUUGAGGAUGUGUGUGAUUUCCUGGAGACCCUGGAUGACAGCAGCCCGUGCACUUAUCUACCAAAUGAGAUGGGAUACAUGUGGAUGACACCGUUUGAGUUUGAUAGUGACAGUCCUUUUCAUUUUCUUCCCCCCCCUCAGCAGAACAGCAGAAAACGCAAGGCACCAUCUCUUCUCUCUUCAACUUUCUCAUGUCUGUCACCUCAUCAGCAACCCUUUCAGCUAUCACAUGGUACAACGACUUUGGGCUUUAUAUUUCAGGAUGGCGUGAUAGCCGCUGCGGACACUCGCGCCAGCUGUAAGGGUCUUAUUUGCUGUCCGAUAAGUCAGAAGAUUAUGCCCAUCCACUCUCACCUGGUGGUCAACACAUCGGGCAGCGGUGCCGAUUGUAUGCUAUGGGAACGGAUCCUCACCCGUGAGAUGAGGCUUUACCAGCUUCGCCAUCACAAGAGACUAAGCGUCAAUGGAGCUGCAAAGCUGCUCUCCAUGAUGCUUCAUCCAUUCAAAGGCACUAAUGUGUGUGUGGCAGCUACUCUAUGUGGAUGGGAUGGAGAAGAAACUCAGAUACUGCAGGAAACCCUACGGUCUAGCGUGGAAAUGGCAGAUGUUAAGGAAGCAAUGGAACAGGAUACCACUGCAAUUUCAGAUGCAUCUGCUCUAGGUAGUGAGAAAAUGGCCUCAAUAAAUGAGCAGGAGGAUAUCUUGAAGGACACUCAUGCAACUGUGUUGGAUCAAAAUCCAAAAAAUGUUCUGUCUACUAUUGGAGGACGGUCUGGUCCCAGGGUGUGCUAUGUUUGCAGUGAUGGCCUGCAACUGAGAGGAGAACUAAUAUCAGUGGGCUCAGGGUCACCCUAUGCAUACGCCGUGCUUGAUGAUGGUUGGAAAUGGGGAAUGACUGUGGAUGAGGCGGUGGGACUGGCCCGGGAGGCUGUUUUCAGAGCCACUCACUGGGAUGCCUACUCUGGGAAUAAUGUAGACAUUUUCCACAUCACUGCCCAUGGCUGCAGGCGCAGAGAUAGAGAAGAUCUGAAGGAAGAGUACUACAGAGAGAGGGAGAGAGAGACGGAGAAGAUCAGGGAGAGGGAGAAAGAGAGACAGAAAACAGUGGGAUGAGCUGGUUGA